AUGCUUUUGAACUUAAUGAAAAUAAAUUUUUCUAUGUCAUUUAGUAAUCGUCCAUUUGAAAUUAAAGGUGAUUUGCUAAUUUCCUCGAAGAUAUUAAAUUUUUUUUUAAAAUUUAAAAAAAUCCUAAUUGAAAAUAAUUUUUAAAACAAAUAUUAAUUUAAUUUAUAAUAUUUAUGUUUUAAAAUGCACGCUGCUUAAAAUUAAACAGAAUUAGCUAGAGAUUUCAUUAUGAUAAUUAUCACUGAUAUAUCAAAAUAUUUUUUCAUAAAAAAUUGUUUUUUUUGCCCAAAAAAUAGGGAUUUUUCAAUAGUUUUGUUCGCUCUAAGAGGAAGGGGAUAAAUAAAAGGACAAAAAUUUUCGAACUACUGUCAGUGCCAAGUGAGCUCAGACAAGAAUCACAAACCUAUGAAAUUUCUGAAAUUUUGAAAGAAAAUCCUGUUUUGUUUAGAUAUAAAGGAACAGGUCAGUUAGAAGAAUUAGCAAAACAUUUUGAGGUUGAAAAAUUUGAGCCUGGUGAUUUUAUUGACAUGCAAAGAUAUGCAUUUUUUAUUGUGUAUACUGGGAGAGCAGCCUUAUACGAGGAUCAAGCGAAAAUAAAAGAAUUUGUUCAGGAUUAUUAUUUUGGAUAUUGAGAUAUAGAAAAUAAUGCAGAAGUUAGGUCUAUCGAUUAUUCUGAGAUUAUAGUUAUCAAGAAAAGCUUCUGAGAUGAAAUUAUAAUUGUGAGGGAGCCUGAAUAUUACCAAGAAAAAUUCGAAUUUAUUAAAACUGUAGAACUUUUUGAAGAGACUCCAGAACCAAUUCUAAGUCAGCUUGCGCAGUCUGGAUAUCUAAAGAAAUUUCUCCCAAACUCCAUAGUAAUUAAACAAGGAGAAUUAUCUAAAGGAAUUUAUAUUAUAAAGACAGGAGGCAUAAAACUGUUAAGAAAAACAAAAGCUUCAGAUGAGUCUGAAAAUACACGAAUUGUAACUCUUGAUGAGCUUGCUAAAGGUGAUACUUUUUCAGAAGCCUCUUUAUUUAGCAACGAGCCAUCUUAUUAUACAGCUCUAUGCAUUCUUCCUUUGACAGCUUAUUUUAUAGAUAAAGAAGAUUUCAAAGAAAUAGAUAAAUUCUAUUUAUAUGACUUACAAAAGAAAAUCAAAAAUUACCCGAAUGACGAAGAACUUCAAAGGGAUUAUACGGAGAAGAAAAAAUGAAACUUGUAUCAGAAGAAACUGAUCUUUGGGCUAAAAAAAGAAAAAUUGCAAGAAAAGUAAGAGAUAAGUAGAGGCUUUAGCACUAAUUUGCGUGGUAAUGGGAAAAAGAAAAAGAAAGUAAAAAAAGACGAAAUAAAUAAUUUACCGCCUUUGAUAUCCCCGAGAAGAUCCUUGCAGUUAAACUUACAAAAAUAUCGGCAUCACUCAAGUUUUGCAUAA